CCAAAAGCUAACAGAGUCAAGGUAAGAGGGAAGGCAACAAAGAUGGCCCUUUUAAGGUCUGCUUGCUUAGUUCUUGGGCUUCUCCUCACUUCUCUUGGCCUAAGGGACAGCGCAGUUGUACAUGCCCAACAAGCAACCGGAAAGGCAAUAGCAGCGAACGAAAACAAAGAUGGGAUUGGGAUUACUCGAGUUGAUGCUGCAUUUGUUUCAAAGGAGCUUUUCGAAGGCACUCCUCCUGCAACCGCCGCCGCUACUGCCAUUGCCAACAAAAGGCUGGGAGGAAGGAAAGUGUUGCAGGGUAGUAUCCUGAGGAAGAAGAUGAUGGAAGAAGAAACUAUGAAUGGAAAAAUUCCAAAGAUUUCAGGAAAGGAUAAGAAUACUUCAAAGAAGCCACUUGGAACAUUACAUAAGUACAUGAAUGAUCAGAAAAGUAGCCAACUCAAAUCCCAAGAUUCUGAUGAUCAGGCUGUUUCAAACUGUGGCAGCUUGGAAUGUUCUUCAAGUUCAAGGAAAAUAGUGUCACCAGAAUUUCAUGAUCAUUUCCACAAAACUGAUCAAUCCAAAAAGCUUUUUGAGGCUUCUAAUGAUAAGGUAAUGAGCUUGACCCACAUAGAUUACUCUGGGAUGAGUACACCUCAUUGUAAGCCUCCAAUUAAUAAUCAUCUGCCUAAGCACCAAAUUGUGAAACCAUAGUUGGUUUUAGCUGUUAGGUUCACAACUUUGCCUCCCCCAUAGGAAGAGAAGUACUUUAACUUCUUUUCUUUUUCUUCUUCUUCUUUUUUAUUUCCUUCUCUCUCUCUCUCUCUCUCUCUCUCUCUCUCUCUCUCUCUGUAAUAUUAAAUGACCAU